GGCCCCAUUAGAUUUCACAUCUUCUCUCAUCUAUGUGAUGUGAUCUUGAUGACCAUGAUCGUCUCAUCCUCCACUCUAAAAUUUAUUCACAACCCACUGUUCCUUUCACCCUAGCUCUUAAUUUCUUCCCAAUUUUCUUGCCUUAUAUAGAAAAACAAGAACUUCUUCGAUCAAUCUUUACAAAACACCAUGUCAUCAAGUAAUAGAGGCAAGGACAUAGCCGAAGAAUCAAGUGAUCAGCCAGCGACUCCGAGCCGAUAUGAAUCACAAAAGAGGAGAGAUUGGAAUACUUUUGGUCAGUAUUUGAGGAACCAGAGGCCUCCAGUGGCACUGUCUCAGUGCAAUUGCAAUCAUGUGCUGGAUUUCCUAAGGUACCUUGAUCAGUUUGGGAAGACUAAGGUUCAUGUACAAGGUUGUAUGUUUUAUGGACAACCCGAUCCGCCCGGACCGUGCACUUGCCCUUUAAGGCAAGCUUGGGGAAGCCUUGAUGCACUUAUUGGAAGGCUUAGAGCUGCCUAUGAAGAAAAUGGAGGAUCACCAGAGACUAAUCCUUUUGCAAGUGGCGCUAUUCGGGUUUAUUUAAGGGAAGUGAGAGAUUGUCAAGCUAAAGCAAGAGGGAUUCCUUACAAGAAGAAGAAGAAGAAACCAGUUGGUAAUCAAGGCAAAGGAAGUGAUGAAUCAAGCUCCACAAUGCACUUCUCUUGAUCCAGUUCUAAUAUAUGGAUCAUGCAUAUGCCUUUUCAUUUUCAUGUGGUGAAGAGGAAUCAAAUGAAGGAACCAUCAAUUAUAUAUGUUGAAGAAGUAUGCAGUUUUUCCUCUCAAGCCAUGCAAGGUGGUCUAAACAUUCUGCAUUUCCAGUUGAGAAUUUGUAAACUCGCUAUAUAUAUAUAUAUAUAUAUAGUAGGUUUACAACCUCUUUGUAUUGCUAUAUAUAAGUUGAACCAUUUUAUGCCUAUUUAUGUACACAUGUCAAAUAUUAAUUAAGUAAACUUAACUUGCAUAUAUAUUUCGUUGGCUUCGGCAUGCCGCUAAAGUCAAGAGUUCGAAUGU